AUGAUCUAUCCGGGCAGUGUUUCCUACACUGAUCCGACAAGCCUUCAUCAGCUUUUGUUAUCCUCACCCAACGCAGCACAGAGCGAGACCAAUGAAGAUGAUAUGCGCCUGGCCAACGGCGUCCUCGGUAGGCAUACAUCAGUUGACAUCCAACGAGCCGGUUUUCCGGCCAGCCCAGUCUUGGGCUCCGGCAGCGCAUUCGGCUACAGCACCGGCGCCAUAGCAACCGGCAACAUGACCUCCGGUGCCAUGCAGAAUUGCGCCAACGAAGGAUGUGGUCAACCGGUGGCCGGGGAGACGAGACUGAACAGACCGUUUGGCGUUAGUUUCGGCAGUUACACAGGCACUUUCCCUCGCCGGCAUGUCUCCACCGGCCGUCUCUCCAGCGUCGGUCUGGCCCAGCCUUGUCUGUCCGGUGGGCAGGCCUCGUAUCUGCGCGCCUCAUCCAUUCGACUUUCCACGGCCGGUGUAUCCGGUGAUGUUAUGAUCAUGAAUGGUGGUCUGAGAACGCACAGCCAGAAUCACAAUGGCCCAAGUCUGUCCAGCAUGCUGCCGGGAUCAGGAGGACAGGGUAGCUUUGAAGCUGGCGACUGUCCACGUUCGCCGUACCAGCAGAGCCAACAACCAUUUAAACAGCAUAAUUUAAAGACAUCUUCUUUCACCUCUCAGCCGAGGCAGUACCAUCAGAUGCAGAAUCAAGGAGUGAACCAGCAGCAGGAGGAGUUGACUGAUGUGUUGGCCAGUAAUGCUGCUUUGCAGAACGGAUCUAAUUUCUUAGUUUAUGCAGAUAAAUCACAAUUGAGCCUAGCAAAACAAGGCAGGCCGAUACUAUUGCAGCUGCCCAACUCCCUUUCGAGUACACAGGUACCAUAA